UCGGUAAUUUGCUUCAUUUAUUUAUUGUGUUAACCUAUUACAAGCUAACUUGCCCCUUCUUUUAGGGUUAAUAUCGUUCAUCAUGGUUAAUCAGCAGAAUGAGAUGAUGCGACUUCUGUGUUCAGGAACAACAAUACGGUUUGGCGCUGUUCAAAAGGUUUCCAACAUUGCAGACGUAGAACUUUUAGGUGACGAAUCAAGAAAGGAACAAGUUGUUCCAUCAGUAAACCUCAGAAAGCGACACAAAAUUUGUGUCAAAGGAUUUGAUGUUCCAGAACCUAAUGACACCUUUAUUGAAUUAAAACAAUCUCAUCCAAAGAUUCUCAAAUCAGUUCUGAAAAAGAUAACUGACAGUGGGAUCACCGCCCCCACACCCAUUCAGAUGCAGUGUAUCCCGCUGCUCAUGAGUAAAAGAUCUGUUUUAUCGUGUGCUCCCACCGGAUCUGGCAAAACACUUUCUUUUAUACUUCCUGUUUUGUCUCACAUGAAGAAAUCUGAAAAAGGUAGUUUUCGGGCACUAGUUCUGUCGCCAACAAGAGAGUUAGCUCAACAAACAUAUGGAGAGUUCAAAAAAUUUGGUGGAUCAAGGAAAUUUUCAUAUCAUUUCUUAACAAAAGCAAGUGCUAAUUCUGAUAUACUGACCAAGGAUUGUGGUAACAAAGAUAUCUUGAUUUCAACUCCAAAGCACCUUCUUAAAAUGUUAAAAGAAGAUAAAAUUGAUCUCUCCAAGCUUCAGUUUUGCAUACUUGAUGAAGCUGAUCGACUUUUUGACGUUCAGUUUAAAGAAGACAUCACUCAAAUCCUAGAAUAUAUUGACCUAGUUAAGGUAACAGUUGGUCUUUUCAGUGCUACUCUUGCAAAUGGAAUUGAUGAAUGGUGUUUUAGCAACUUAGAUAACUUUGUCCAAGUCUAUAUUGGUGCAGUGAAUGGGGCAAAUUCGAGUAUUAAACAAUCUCUAAAGUUUGUGGGGACAGAAGAAAGCAAGAUUUAUACUUUGCGGAUGGUUAUUCAAAAGGGAUUUCAACCACCAAUGCUGGUUUUUACCCAAACCAAAGACAGAGCAAAGCAAGUAUAUGAAGAGCUAAAAUUGGUGGGCAGUAAAAUAGACGUUAUUCACAGUGACCUUGCUCAAAUGAAACGAGGGGAAGCUAUAGAAAACUUCAGAAGUGGCAAGACCUGGAUUCUAAUAUGCACUGAUCUUAUGGGUAGGGGAAUCGAUUUUAAGAACGUGAACUGUGUAGUUAACUUUGAUUUGCCUCAAACAAAAAUUGACUACAUCCAUCGUAUUGGGAGGACUGGUAGAGCUGGUAGAACAGGUGAGGCGAUCACGUUCUUUACUGAGCUUGACAAGGAAAGACUCCCUAGCAUUAUAAAUGUGCUGAAAAACUCGGGAUGUGAAUUACCUGACUGGUUGAAGAAUAUCAAGGGAAUCGCUAGAAGGGACUAUAAGAAGGCUACAAAGAAACCUGUGAAAAGGAAUGAUGUCAGCACUAUUCCUAAAUACGAUGUAGAGAAAGCCAAAAAGAGGAAGGCUAUCAUCGCAGAUUCAAAGGCCAAGAAAAAGGCAAAGUCAGAGAGUGACCAAAAAGGAAGUUAGAUGUUUUAUGUAUCAAUCUCAUUGAUUUUUAAGGGAAUGUUUGUAGGUAUCAUUCUUUUAAUGAAAAUAUGCUCUCAUUUAUAAAUUUUGUGGGAUAUGUCACAUGCAAUAUCAUCCUCUUUCAGUAUUUUGAGCAGUUUAAAGUUGUAUACAUGUAUAUCAUGAUAUUGUAAAAUGAAAUGUAUUACGACAUAACAUGUGACUUUCUAUCCUGCCA